AUGGGCCUCCUUCUGCAGGAAUUCGAGCCCACUCACGCUCUAGACAAAAACGGUAUCAGCACAAACAUCUGGAUGAAGAAGUUGCAGUAUCGCCGCAGCGCAGAAGUAGACACCGGCGAGGAGAAAGAAGCUACCACCUUCCUCGCUGAUAUCCGAUUCCACCGAUCCCUCUGGCUCCCUCCGGAUCCCCGACAGGGCCGUUUCGACGCGCUGCGUGUCACGUACUCCGACCUUGGCUGCGAGGAUGGGCCUGCCAUUAUCUGGUGCGGGGGGUUAUUCGGGAGCCGGUACACGCUUGCUGAGAGCGAUGAGUUGGCGAAACAGAAGGGUGUCAGAGUGAUCUCGCCUGAUAAACCGGGUAUUGGGGGCACGAUGGGGGUUGAGAUCGAGGAUAAGGUGAAGACGUGGUUGGGUCUGUUCAUACACCAGACACUGCGGUCUCAGUGGAAUAUCCUGUUUACUGACGGUAUGAACAACGGGUUAGACAUCGUCCAGGCCAUCCUCAAAACCCUCUCUAUAACUCACAUCUCCCUGAUCGGUCACAGCUCGGGCGUCAUCUACUCCCUGGAUCCAUCCCGCGCACUCGAGGACCCUGACCUCCGCCACGGGCAACCUGCUGCCGAACCGAGUGAUCAACUACUGGUACGAUGCAAGCUAUAUCAUCUCCCGCUCUACGUAUCCCAUGCUAGGACCCAGCACGGCUCGACCGGCCUCGAUAGCAAAACGGAGCACUCGCGAGCCGUGUCGGAGAAGAUCCUCGUGUACGCGCUGAAGGAAAAUGUAUCCGGAAUAGCACAGGAGGCUCAAUUCUGCCUGAAGCGCGGGGAUGAUGGGAUCUGGGGGGAAAUAAAGAGUUAUGAGCAGUUUGUCCAUUUACUCAAGGAGAGAGAGCAGGGAUACCAGCAGAAGCAGCAGUCACAAGGGAAACACGACGUAAAUAAGCUAAACGUGGACACCUUCUUCGCCGAGUCGGAUCAGACAUCGGGGCGUCACGGCGGCAAAUACUUCGACAAUGCUUGGAGGAAGGUCUUCCAGGGAGAUGACAGGGUAGACGAUGAAUGCGUUGUCUACGGCAGUUCGAUGGUUCCCGGUACGACGCAUGAAACGAUCAUGAGGCCGGAGUCUGGGGUUCUGGGGUAUAUUUUUGAGAAGGUCAAGAGGGCGAGGUCUCCUUCUUCUGCGCCUCAUCCUCAGCCUUAUCGCUGA